AAUUCCCCCACUUCUCACUUCCUGAUCCUAAAUCUCUGUUUCUUUCUUCGAUCUUCAUGGACGAAUCCCCCCACGAUCCCCCUUUGGAUUUGUGUGAACCAUCCCGUCUUCAACCCGAUGACCGGGGUCCUGACCUGAUGAACCUCGAUCAUUCCUCGACUACUCCACAGCCAGAUGAUUCGCAGCUGGUUCGACUCCCACUCCAGGUGGCUGGACCUGUUCUUGCUCCUGAUUCUUCUGCUUCCCCUAACCUGAAUGCUAAAUUCAAGGAGAAGAGUUUGGGGAUUCGGCGGCGAGGUCGUCCUCCUCGCGGUCAAGUCAAGGUGGCGGCGGUGGCGGUGGCGGUGGCGGCGCCGAGGCAGAAAAAGGAUGAGGAGGAUGUGUGUUUUAUAUGUUUUGAUGGUGGGAGCCUUGUGCUCUGCGAUCGCCGUGGGUGUCCAAAGGCAUAUCAUCCAUCGUGCAUCAAGCGAGAUGAGUCAUUUUUUCGAUCGAAGGCUAAAUGGAAUUGUGGAUGGCACAUAUGCACAAAGUGCCAGAAGGCUUCCUAUUAUAUGUGUUAUAUGUGCCCCUUUUCUCUUUGCAAAGGAUGCAUUAAAGGUGCUGAUUACCAGUGUGUUAGGGGAAGCAAAGGGUUCUGUGGAACUUGUAUGAAAAUAAUAAUGCUUAUCGAGAAAGCCACAACUGAUGGAGAAUCG